AUGAAUGCGCGAAAGUGGACAGUAUCAGCGAAAUGUUCCACUGCAACGAGUGCACUUUGUAGCUUUGUGGGACGUGUCCGUAUAAGAAACAUCAUCAACACGAGACAAUGGUUCUUUUGCAAGAAGAGGGAUUUGAAGAAGAAACGAGAUAAAUGCACAAAGCUGAAGACGGAUUUCGAGAUGUGCUCAGAGGAAUACAUACCACAUCUACGGAAAUAUGGCGCAAUAAUCAAAGAACUGAUUCAAAGUCUCGACGAAUGU